AUGGCUUCCUUCUCCUCCCACCCACAGCCUGGCGAUAGGGUCAGUAGCUGGGGGUAUUCUUUCAUCUGGACAAGUGACCAUCUCCGCAAGGAAGAGAUUGAACCGCUGCGGCAGCAAUAUGAUACCUCUGCGUCCCUGGCGUUGGAGAGACUACAAGCUAUUCGAGCUACCCUGAUGGAAGAAAGUAAAUUGAAAGGAACCAGCGCACCGCCCAAUGACCUUUACGUCCUCCUACGGGACCACCGUGGGGACGACGAGAUCUUGGCUCAGUUCUGGGCCGAAGUCAACACGGUGCCCGACUGGGUGAACUGGGAGCAGCUGGCACGAGCCCAGCGAUUCUUCUAUCGGUAUGCCAUUGCGAACAUCGUGGGGUUCGCAUUGCAAGGGUUUGUGGCGGAAAACUCGGCGGCACCGGGGGUGGUCGAGGUCCUGGUUCGAACUGGAGGCUUCUCCACCCGUAUGCUUCUUGGGAGGCUGCUCUCGACCUUCCAGUGGUUGAUUCAAGUCACCCAUGGCAUUGACUCAAUCCGGCCUGGAGGGGAAGGGCACAUCGCAAGCGUCCGAGUCCGGUUGCUUCAUGCCUCUGUACGCCAGCGUAUCCUACAGCUCUGCCGAACCAGGCCGGACUACUUUGAUAUCGAGCGCUUUGGAGUGCCGGUCAAUACUCUAGACUCCAUUCAUUCCAUUGCUAUCUUCUGUUGCAACCCUAUGUGGCUGCAACUACCGAAGUUUGGGAUUCAACCUACUCCCGAUGAGGUCGAGGACUAUAUUGCCCUCUUUCGGUAUGUGGGCUUCGUCCUGGGGACACCCACAUCGUAUUUCGAGAGCGUCGAACGGGCUAAGUGUACGAUGGAAAGCCUCCUUAUGCACGAGCUCCGAACCACUGAGACCUCGCGAACGGUGGCGUUCAACUUUGUGGAAUGUGUGACGAACCUCCCGACACCCUUCCAUAUCUCCAAGGCGUUCAUCGAAGCUGGCAGCCGGUGGAUCAAUGGUGACGAGCUCUGUGACGAAUUGGAGCUCGGCAAGCCAGGGCUCCUUGCAUAUCUGUUGUUCUCCAGCCAUUGUGUACUAGUUGUGGCUGUGGCGUGGCUCCAGCGGCUUUUACCCAGUUUGGAAGAACUACUGAUUACAUCCCUCCGGAAAUUGAUGUAUGGCGGUGUCGUACAGCGAAAGUCUCGCACCCGGUUUGAGUUCAAGUAUAUCCCGCGGACGGGCAAACGAGUUGGAAAGGAGGCAUACCGCGUCGACGAUACGGCUACGGCCAAGGGCGGCAGGGGUUCAAGCCAGCUUUGGUCUACUCUCUUUGGGAUUUUUGGGGUGGGACCCUAUGAGAUGGCGCUUCUCUUUGUCUUUGUUGUUUCUGGGGGAGCGAUGCUGGGUGGAGUGCUUGGGGUUAUGCAGAUUGUUCGCGGAUAUUAG